UAUCUUACUCCAUGUCGUUGCGACUACUUUACUACCAGUAGUACUCACCGAGUAGAAAGUGGGUAGGUCAAGUAAGUCAGUACGAGACCGCCGCCUUCUGCAAACCAACGAAAACGAACGAACGACCUACAGUAGGAAAGACGACUACUAGUAGCUAAGGCAUCAUCUCACUUGCGCCAGCCAGCAAAUACAGUAGACAAGGCGUAAAGGCGGGCGUAGAAGAGAAGAAGCCACCCUGGACGCCCGCAAAAAGAAAAUAUAAAAAAAAAAUGGUUCAAUUACCAACCUUUCAACUUCCCAAGUAUAUCGUGGCGCACGUGGGGAAGGCCAAACAUGUCCUUGCGGGAAGCGCCACUCCGUACUUGUCCAUCGAGGACCUGAUAGCACUGUCCUCCGACCCGGACACGACCGCGAAAGCGUUGGACGUGCGCUCGCUUAAGCUCGGCGGCGACAUGCAACGAGGUAGUUUUGCUGUGCGGUCUGCGAUUGCAAGGCUGUACGGUAGUCCUAGUACAGAGUACGAAUCCGACGACCAAAAGGACAACACAAAGGGGUCUGGUUCGACUUCGAUUUCAAUUUCAAUUUCACCGGAACAUGUCAUGACGGCGAUUGGCACGACGGGCGCGAAUUUGACCGUAUUCCAGGCCCUGCUGGAUGUCGGCGACCACGUCAUCUGCAUGUAUCCGACGUACGGUCAACUUCUGGGCGUGCCCAGGGGGUUUAUUCCGUGCGAGGUGUCGGGCUGGCGGAUGGAUCCACAAAGGGGAUGGAGUCUGGAUCUCGACGAGCUUCGAAGAUUGAUCAGACCGGGCAGCACGAAGAUGCUGGUGUUGAACAAUCCCAGCAACCCGACGGGCACGCACAUGGACGCGGACGUGCAGAGGCAGAUCCUCGACAUUGCCCGCGAGCACGAUCUCAUUGUGCUGGCCGAUGAGAUUUUCAGACCGUUGUUCCAUCAAGCACCCAGCCAGGAACCCGGCCUAGGUGGUGGUCGAGGUGGCAGCGGCGACGGUGCAGGCGCAAAAAUAGUACCACCAGUACUACCACCACCGUCGUUCGUCGAGCAUAAUUAUAGCAAAGUCGUCGUGACCGGGUCGAUGAGCAAAGCGUAUGGUCUGACGGGAGUGCGGGUGGGCUUUCUUGUGUGUCGAGACGAGGCCCUUCUCGAGCGGUUUAUCAACGCACGGUACUAUACUUUUGCUUCGGCCAGCGCCAUUGAUGAAGUCAUUGCCACGGAGGCGUUGAGCGAGCGGUGCCGACCGGCCAUUUUGAAGCGACAUCUCGGGUACGCGCGGAAGAACCUGCAGCUGCUGGAAGCGUUCGUCGAGAGGAAUGGGGACAUGUUGUCGUGGACGAAACCGACGGCCGGGGCGACGGCGUUCAUCAAGCUCUCCUGGAACGGCGAGGCGAUCGACGACGUCGAGUUCUGUCAGGCGGUCCUGGAAGAGCAGGGCUUGUUGCUGAGUCCGGGCAGUUUGUGCUUUGGCGAGGUCCCAGGGGAGGAAGGGAAGAUGGACUUGCAGGGCUAUGUGAGGUGCCAUUUCACACUGCCGCCCGAGAAGAUGGUGGAGGGUCUGGAGGCGUGGGAUGGGUUCAUGCGGAAGAGACGAGCGGCGUUGUCGUAGGCUUGACUGCCGUACCAGUCAGUAAGUUACUAACCCCCACGUAAAUUCGACCGCUUUCACACGUCAAGUCAUAGUAGAUAGCUCACUUAGCUGUAGGAGAACGUGCUGAGCGGGCUUGAGAAGGCGGCUUGGCGGUAUCUGAGGAAAUGGGCAUGAUGGGUUUAUUACUUAACAGUUAAACACCUAGAUGGUUAAUGGGC